CACCGCACUGACAUCGACAGUUCGAAUCGCGAUUUGUUUUCUUUUAGGAUUUUGCGGCAUGUUUGGGUUUUGUUUGUGUUUUUAUUGCUAAAAUUUACCUAAAAUGAGUGUCUAUCACGAUGAAAUAGAAAUUGAGGACUUUGAAUAUGACGAAGCGGAAGGUAUCUAUCACUAUCCCUGUCCCUGCGGUGAUAGAUUUGAAAUUUCUAAGGAAGAACUCAUGGCUGGAGAGGAGACAGCAACAUGUCCUAGUUGCUCAUUAAUUGUUAAAGUUAUUUAUGAUCCUGACAUGUUCAGAGCUGAAGAGGAAGAAGUAAAUCUGGAUGAAAAAUUGAAGAAUCUAUCACUGGAGAAGAAUUGAAUUUACAGCCACUAGCUGGUAUUUAUUUGUAUAUAUCUUUUUAUUACAUUAAUCAGUAAAAUGUAAACACAA